UACCAUUUGCGUGGCAAUGUGGCUUUGCGUGGCUUUCUUUUAUUAAAUUCUUUUAUAUUUUCAGAUUGCCACAAGAUCUAUACCAAAUUGCUAAGGUAUCAAAGAUUCUGCAAAUAAUGGAGAGAGGGAAUGCAGCUCAAUUUAAAAAUAAAACUUUAGAAGAAAUAGAUAUUGAUAUGGAUGAAGUAUAUAUAGAAGAUCAACCAGAUUAUAACGAGUUAGAUGAACCUGUACAACAGGAAACCGAUCCAGCACAAUCACACAUAAAAUGUACAGAAAUUUACCAAGAAAACAUGCACGCAGAAACAGAAUCUAGAAAAAUAAAUAAAAAACAAGAGCAAGAAAAAUAUACGGAUGAAGAAGACAUAACCUACAAUAAUUGUAGUGUGCCAGUGGUACAAGAUAUAGGUGACAAUAUUUCAGAAAAAAAGAUUCAGACUUAUAUUGAUCAACAUUCCAAUUCUAUAGAAAGAGGCAUUCCGAUUGAUGAUGAUGUUGACUCAACUAACGGUAGUAAUAAAGAAGUUCAAUCAGUUGAAUACCAAAAAUUAAAAGAAAAGUUUAGAGAUCCCAAACAAAAAAAGAAGGGCCUAUGGCAAGAAAUUAGUAAAGCAUUUCUAAUAAGAGUAUACGUAAUUGAAGAUACUGCUCUAGACAGGAAAUUUAGAAAUUUAUAG